CCAGCAAGGGGGUUCCAUGAGGAACCCAAGACCUAGGUUCAUGAAACACAACCACACAAGUUGCAAGUCUGAUGUCUGAAAGCAGACAAACGCAAUAAUGGACUUAGAUUUCUAGAUAAGGCAGCCAUCGUGACAGAAGAAUACAACACAAAAUCUCCCAAUCUAUGGAGAUUAAACACUGUUCAUCGAGUGGAAGAACUGAAAUCUGUGAUCAGAAUGGGACCAAUAUGGGCAUCUGGGAUCCUGCUCAUCACAGCCUAUGCUCAACAAAGCACCUUUUCUCUCUAAAUUCCAUCUCCAUAUACUUCCAGCUAUUCUACAGCAAAUCAACCAAAACCGAGCACGAUUUCGUAACACAUUCAAAGAAAACAUGAUCCAAACUACAUAAUGCAUUUCAAUCAAAAGAAAGAAGGUAAAGAACUAAAGGAAAACAAACAGAAAUCGAACGAAGAUCCCAGAGUUCGAUCAAGAAGAAGAAGAAGAAUCCAAGGCUCCUUGCGGGUUUCGCGAACCCAGCUACUGGGUUCCUCUGGGUUCCGCGAGGAACCCAGAUUUGGGACUAGGUUCGCGAAACCCAGUAGCUGGAUUCGCGAAACCCAGUUGCUGGGUUCGCGAAACCCAGUUGCUGGGUUCGCGAAACCCAGUUGCUGGGUUCGCGAAACCCGCUACUGGGUUCCUCGCGGAACCAAGCAACUAGGUUUCGCGAGGAACCCAGAUUUGGGUUUCAUGAACCUAGGUCUUGGGUUCCUCAUGGAACCCCCUUGCUGGGUUCGCGGAGGAAGAAGGUUGAGAAAAAGGAAGGGGCGGAGGGAUAAGAGAGAAGAAAGGAGGAAGAAGAAAAAGAAUAUAAUAAUAAUAAAUUAUGUAGUGAGACCCGACGCGUGGGAAGCCCGGGAGAGUGACGAGCUAGGCGGCUAGGCACUUUUGGACUUAGGUUUUUGUAGCUAAGCCGUUAGUCACCCAUGCUUGACAUAGAAAAUUUUGUGUACAAGAUUUAGUGUUAGUCAUGAUUGUAUAUAUAAAGUGAUAAUUUUGUACAUUCACUGGUAACUAUUUGGUAAAGUAAAAAGGCUUAGAUUUGAAUUACCUGAAUUGCUAAGUAAGAACUCAAUAGGUCUCGAGCCUUGUGCAUUUGU